AUGUCGGACACAGAGAAGAGCUUUGAACCUGCGAUCGCAACGCCUACGUCUCGAGCAUACUCACAAUACGACGUGCACAAUCCACCAACGAAGCCCACGGAGGGGAACUGGACGCGUUUCGUCUGCAUCAGCGAUACCCACGAACAUGAGUUCGACGUUCCGAUUGGCGAUGUCUUGUUGCACGGCGGAGACUUGACGCAUGUUGGGAGGGAAGAAGGAUGUCGCAGUGUUCUGCGCUGGCUAUCGUCACUGCCUCAUCCACACAAGAUUAUCAUCGCGGGUAAUCAUGAUCUCUCCUUUCACGACGGUUGGUACCAGAAGAACUACAGAACAUGGCAUCGCGAGAUGGAGGACACUCAAACGAUCAAGUCUAUGUUCACUGAUGCCGGGGCAAAGAAAGCCAAUAUCACGUACCUGGAAGACGCGAGCUGUGAAGUUCAGGUCAGACCGGGAGGAAAGUCUUGGACUGUAUACGGCUCUCCUUGGCAGCCGGAGUUUUGGAAUUGGGCAUUCAACUACGCUCGCGGUGCCGAGGCGGAAGAGAUCGUCAGCAAGUUUCCCAAGGCGGACAUCUUAAUAACGCACGGGCCACCGCACGGUGUGCUUGACCAAGUUAUGGCCGGGCUUAACGUCGGAUGCGAGGCGCUCGCUGCUCGGCUGCCGGAGUUACGCCCGCGGCUGCACCUCUUCGGCCACAUUCACGAAGCUCACGGGCUCGCAGUGCAGGAAUGGGAGCAUGCAGAGAAGACACUGACAACGGAGAAGAACAAGGUCGAGUUGGCAGAGGGAGUUCCGCAUACCAUCUUCGCAAACGCCGCGUCUUGGCCGAUGGGGAAGCUCGUGCGUGAAGGGCAAGAGUUUGGCGCUGGGGCGUUCAUGCCUAUCAUCGUCGACCUGAGGGAGGAUUAG